AUACUUUGCCUAGUUAAAGGCAGUUAAAAGCUUUUCUUCGUGACUUUUAAUUUCGAAAUGGAAAGUCUGUAAGUAUCUGCUCAGAUUUCUUGAUCAAAUUAGGAUGUGUCAAGGCCUGGCCACGGAGCCCGAGCUUCACAGCCACCACCAUCAUGGUUUCGAAGUUGUAAACAUGGAUUUGAAUGGGGGUGGAUUAGAUAACAAUCACGACAAAAGCUAUCAAAUGGAUCACGAAGAAGUGGAGGAUUUGUUUAAGAAGCUCGACAAGAACAAUGAUGGAAGGAUUGACCUAAAUGAACUUGCGGAAGGACUGAAAAAUCUGCAUGGUUCAAGAUACAAGGCCGGCCAAGCUCAGCAAAUUAUGAACCUUGGCGAUCAGAACCUUGAUGGGCAGAUGUCAUUUGAAGAGUUCGUCAAAUAUGUGACUGACCAUCAGAAAAAAUUGUGGAUAGUUUUCCAGUCUAUUGAUCAAGAUGGCAGUGGAUGUGUGGAUAAAACAGAACUUAAGAAAGCUUUUGAGGCCGUGGAUGUUAAGGUAACAGACCAGGAAGUGGAUUUGUUAUUGAAAAGCAUGGACAAGGACAAAACCCUUAAAGUUAACUGGAAAGAAUGGAGAGAAUAUCACCUGUUGAAUCCCAGCGGCCAUAGUAUGCAUGACAUCAUUCAGUUCUGGAGACAUUCUAAUGUUAUUGAUAUUGGGGAGGAUAUGACUGUUCCAGAUGAAUUCACUGAGGAAGAAAAAGUGUCAGGAAUGUGGUGGAGACAGCUGGUGGCAGGGGGUGGAGCAGGAGUUGUGUCAAGGACAUCAACUGCUCCUUUGGACAGAUUAAAAGUUUUAUUACAGGUACAAGCAUCAAGCCAAAAUAGAAUAGGAAUUUCUUCUGGUUUUUCCAUGAUGAUCAAGGAAGGUGGAAUCAAAUCACUUUGGAGAGGAAAUGGUGCUAAUGUGGUCAAAAUUGCACCAGAAUCAGCCAUAAAAUUCUUUGCUUAUGAAAGGGCAAAGAAGCUGUUGGGUGCAGAUGAAAAGCAGCUGGGGGUCAGAGAAAGACUUAUGGCAGGUUCAAUGGCUGGAGUAGCUUCACAGACAAGUAUAUACCCACUGGAGGUGUUGAAAACAAGACUGGCGCUUCGUAAGACAGGACAGUACAAGGGUCUUGUCGAUGCGGCAUAUGUCAUCUUUACUACUGAAGGAAUCAGGAGUUUUUAUCGAGGGCUGUUCCCGAGUCUUUUAGGAAUCAUUCCCUAUGCUGGAAUAGAUCUUGCUGUAUACGAGACACUCAAAAACUUUUACCUUAACUACCACAAAAACCAGUCAGCUGACCCAGGGGUGUUUUUACUGUUAGCGUGUGGUACAGCGUCCAGCACGUGUGGUCAGUUAGCUAGUUAUCCGUUGUCAUUAGUGAGGACCAAAUUACAAGCGCAAGCGCGCUCCCGCACUGCAGGCAGGGGAGAUACAAUGGUUUCAGUAAUUAAAAACAUUAUAAAAGAAGACGGACCACGUGGACUUUAUAGGGGACUGGCUCCUAACUUUAUGAAAGUUGCGCCUGCAGUCAGUAUAAGUUACGUUGUGUACGAACACUUGAGAAUGAACCUUGGCGUUAGAUAGAAUACUCGAUGGUCUGAUUUGGGGCAAAUGUAUAUCGAAUGAGAGCAUAAUGUAAACGCGAUAUAAGAGUAAAAGAGAAGAAUACACGACAGAGAGAAAAAGCUUGAAAAUAUAGGCGGUUUUCCUGCCUGUGAUAGCAUAGGAAGUCUAGCAACAUUAAUAUGGACUAUUCGAUUUGAUAUAAUUGCACGAACUUUAAUUUUGUUUUUAUGAAUUCUCAUGUUUAAGACAUUCCGUCAUGGACAGCAAUUUUAAAGCUGGAGUCAACAUUUUGUUGUGGUUAUUUUUUUUAAUUUUUGACGAGGAUAACCUAAGGGUAACCCGAGAAGGUUAUGAAUGACUGUGACGUCUUUUACUAACCCAAUCUGAGCGCUCUAAAAGCUAGGGGACUGGAUGACGUAUCACUGUCAUGUGGAGAGCGUAGGAAUGUCACUUGCUGAUUGGCUGAUAAUAUCGCAUAUAAAUUCAUCGCAUAUAAAUUUUCCAUGGGAGUAAAAUAUUAUGCAAGAUCGUGCUUGGUCAUAGUAUAUUGUUGUAAAUAUAUAUUUUUUUUGUUUAGGCUUUGUGUCCCUUAAGAUAAACUUUUAUCUGAUCUGUUGCCAGGGAGUCUUGCUGAGAAAUAAUUUCUCGACCUUUCCUUUGAUCGUUAGUUUUUAACUUUAAAAUUUUAACAGAUGCAUGAAAUUCAGAAGUUGCCUGGAAAUGGCGUCUAAUCUCUCCAUAUGAUUUAAAAUCUGCUUAACCCUUUUACUCCCAAGAUCUGAUUGUUAAUUCUCCUCUGUAGCUGCUACACAUUUCCUUGUAAAUUAGUUAUGAGAACUUGGUGCUAGAUCAAGAUAGCAGCUUCUACCUGAUAAGUUUGAAUAUUCUCAUUACCUUUUUGUUGAAGAAUGUAUGGAUAUUUUAGGGAGAAGUUUUAUGUUAAUAACUUCUGGGAGUUAAAGGGUUAAUCUUUUCUCUCCAUUUUUAUCCUGUUUUCUCUUUUUAUAUGCUUUCCUUCUUUCUUUCCUUUCUCAUCCCUUCUUAUUCUCUCUGGCUUGUCUGUUCCAGACCACACUGGUUCCAUGAUUUUUUAACUUUUCUGCCAGAAAUUUUGAGUUUACAAAUAUUAACAAAAUUAUCUACAAACUGCUUGUUCAAUUUAGGAAAUCACUUUUAUCCUUGCUGCUUUUAAAUAAUCGCAUCUUAAGAUGAAGUUAUAUUACGAUCGCCAUUUACCUUAUGAUAAAAAUGUUAUCGUAAUACACUGACACACACGGCUGUAUUCUCUCGUUUAAGCGAUUUGCGAGAAAGGUCUUUAUUAUUAAAAUGGAUAGAAUAUUUAUACGAGCUGUUAAA